CAAAAACCCAUACCCCUUCACAUAAACAUAAACACAAACACAAAGCAAGAUUUAACCACAAUGGAUCUUGUCAUUUACCUUAUGCUCAUUUUCCUUAUCAGUCAUUCUCCCUUUGCAUCUUUUGCAUCUCAGAUACAUGAUCCUUCCUCAAGAACAGGAUAUGAACUCAUUAAGGAGUUGAAUUUGAACCCAAAACUCGAUCUUAACAUCAUUAAGCCAAACAUAUCCGAUUCUUCUUCAGUCAGCAUUACGGGUUCCAGAAUAGUUGAAAAGCCAUUAAAGCUCCAAGUUCUUGGGAAUUCAGGUGCUUCAGUUCAUGACCUUGCUCAUCUUGCUGGAUAUGUUCGAAUCAAACACGCUGUAGGCGCAAGGAUGUUCUACUACUUCUUUGAAUCAAGAAACAACAAGGAUGAUCCUGUGGUCAUAUGGUUGACUGGAGGACCUGGAUGUAGCAGUGCAAUAGCUCUUUUUUAUGAAAAUGGUCCUUUUCAACUCACCAAUAACUUGUCACUUGUGUGGAAUGACCAUGGUUGGGAUAAGGUUGCAAACAUGAUAUACAUUGAUCAACCUAUUGGAACUGGUUUCAGUUACAGUUCAAGUGAAAAAGACAUUCGACAUGAUGAAAAAGGUGUAGGAGAUGACCUUUAUGACUUCCUUCAGGAGUUCUUUAAGGUGCACCCUGAGUAUGUGAAAAACGACCUCUAUAUAACUGGAGAAUCAUAUGGAGGACACUACAUUCCAGCUUUUGCUACCCGUAUAAACCAGGGGAACAAGAACAAAGAUGGAAUUCAUAUAAACUUGAAGGGAUUUGCAAUUGGAAAUGGACUCACUGAACCUGGAAUCCAAUUCAAGGCGGAUGUUGAUUUCGCUUUGGAAAAUCAAUUAAUUACAAAAAAAGAUUACAAUGAAUUGAUUCAAAUAGUACCAAAGUGUGAAGAAGCAGCAAACAAAUGUGGGACAAAUGGUAAAGCCAGUUGCCUUGAUGCCUGGAAAAUAUGUGGGGAAAUUCACUCCAAGAUUUUGUAUGCUAGCAAUAUAUGUCCUUAUGAUUUGAGGAAGCAAAGAUGUGAUGACUUGUCAAGGAUAGAUGAAUUCUUGAACUUGGAAUCAGUGAAAAAGGCAUUAGGGGUACCAGAGGAAAUACAUUUUGGGGCGUGUAAUGGUAAGGUGUAUGGAGCACUGAAGGAAGACAUUAUGAGAAACCUUGAAGUUGGGAUUCCAGUGCUUUUGGAAGAUGGUAUUCAGAUGCUUGUUUAUGCUGGAGAAUAUGAUUUUAUUUGCAAUUGGCUAGGGAACUAUAGAUGGGUCAAAGGCAUGGAAUGGUCUGGUCAAACAGAUUUUGUUGCAUCUACAGCCUAUCAAUUUAUAGUAGAUGGGAAAGAAGCUGGAUUGGCAAAAAACUAUGGCCCUCUCACUUUCCUAAAGGUGCAUGAUGCUGGGCAUAUGGUUCCACAGGAUCAACCAAAGGCGUCAUUGCAGAUGUUAAAGAUGUGGAUGGAUGGAGAACUUACCUUACCACAAAUAUAAAAAAUAAAACUUUGUUGUAAUGUUGGGAG